GCAGGGCGUUAUGGCGGGGGACGGCGGCCGUUUCGCGGCCCUGUCGCUGGUGCAGCUGCACGAGCUCCUGGAGGACGAGGACCAGCUGACCGGGAUGGUGCGGGAGAUGGACGAGGCUCAGAGUGUUCAGCUUAACAAAGAAAUGACUCUUGCCAACAACCGAAGCCUGGCAGAAGGAAAUCUAUUGUACCAACCACAAUUGGACACUCUGAAAGCGAGCUUGACCCAAAAAUACCAGGAACUCCAGGCCCUCUUUGAAGCCUAUCAGAUAAAGAAGACCAAAUUGGAUAAGCAAUCCAGCAAUGCUUCCCUGGAGACCCUGUUAGCGCUUCUUCAAACCGAAGGGGCCAAGAUCGAAGAAGACACAGAGAACAUGGCGGAGAAAUUCCUCGAUGGGGAAGUCCCUCUGGAUUCCUUCAUCGACGAGUACCAGAGUAAGCGGAAACUGGCCCACCAGCGGCGCGUGAAAAUCGAGAAGCUCCAAGAGUUGGUGUUGAAGGGCCAGAGACUUCCCCAGGCCCCGGCCCAGAUGCAGCCCAGGCUGGCCGAGCCGAGUCCAGCCCCUCCGAUGCCCUACCCCGUCUCGGAGCCCAGCGGGCCACCCUCGGUCGUGCCCCGGCGGAUCCCACCCCCGCCCCCUCCGGUCCCCGCAGGACGCUCCGCGACUCCGUUUACGGUGGCCAUGGGCUCGGGGCAGGGCACUCCUUACCCGGGGUUGCAGUGCCCUCCCCUCCCGCCGCGAGUGGGGCUCCCGCCCGCCGGCGCCGGUUCCCAACCGGGAUACCCGGCCUACCCGCCGGCCCUCCCUCAGAGGCCGCCGCCGCGGCUCCCGCCCCACCCCGGCUUCAUCCUUCAGUGAAUACCGGGCUCCACCUCUCCCCGGGGUGUUGGUGCUUUCCAUUUUAAUGUCGCGUCCCCUAAGACUCUUACCUACGGGCCGGGGGAGCGGGGGCCGGGAGUCACCUCUGGGCUCUGUCUGCACCGGCGGCCGAGGGCAGAAGCCAAGACCGCUUUUCUCGAGGCUGCCCGUUCUGAACCGGGGAGAGCGCGCGUUCCGUUUUUCAAAUCGGAGGCUCCGGAGUGUUGGGUCGGGAGGGUGGAGGGCCCCGAAUUUGGGAAGCCGAGCAGCCGGGUCGCACGGGGCAGGCCGUAUCGGGAUUCAGUAAGCUCUCUCACGUUACCGCUGCAAACUCUUGGGGCCAUGGGGGAGCGGUGGAGGAGGAACCCGCCUACCCCCUCUGCCCCUUCCCUAGAAUUGUGCUCCCGUUGCAGCUUCGUUAGUUAGCGUGGUCCAGUCUAACCGUUGUGUUCAAAGGACGAUUUUCCGAUCACCCGCGCUGAGUUGUCUAUGGCAACCACCAGCCGAAAUGCUCAGCAGCGUUGGAAUUAUCUGCCUCAUAGUCCUGCGGGACAGAGGCCCAAGGAUGGUUGAGAUUGGUGUUUGUUUCCUUGUCCGUGGAGCCUAACGGAAACCAGUCCACAAGAAGCGCCCCUCCCCACCCUGAAUUGAGCUGCUUUUAAGAUGCCUAGAAGCCACAGAGCCAAGGAGGCCCUUGGCCAGACUCUGGUUCUUCUGUCCCUCUGAGGCUCAGAAACUGGCCCCAGGGCGAAGGGGUUCUGGCCAGCUCCAUUUUGCCCAACACGCUCUGUGUUCAACUUUCCCUCCCCCGUCCCCAAGGGGUGACAACCAAACUAUUUCUGUUGUGGAAUUCUCCAAAAGUAUUUUUACUAUGAAACUUUCCAGUUUUUUAUAUGUACAUAUAUAUAUAUUAAAAAAAUUAGCAUUCAGGGAAAUUUUGUCAAUUAAAAAUACUGUAGCAUGCAAGUUGAAACGCUGAUGAGGCGGGUGCCAUUCCCUCUCCUCCAAGCAGUGCAUCGCCACUGUGCCCGUGCCCGGGAUGUGCCUUAGGAUCACGUGUGAUUGGACUCCUGUCCGUUACCAUUCAUUCCCAUCAGCAGCCAUGGCUUCACUUUUGCCUCUCAAGGACUCCCGAAGGCUGGGUUAGGUAAGGUUUUUACCCGGUGUAGCUUAGAGGUGGACUCUGUUGGCUGGGCAUGGCGAGCAAGCCACUUUCUUCUCUCUAGGGGACUUCUUCUCUACUCGGGGCCCAGCCGGGGUCUGAGCUUCAUCCAGGGGGAAAGCCAUACAACACUGAACCCAGGUCCUAGGUAGAAAAGUCUGACUCGGGGCCCGGGGGUAGGUGACGGAAGCUUAUAUAGAAACAUUUCCAGUGAGGCCAGAGAAGGAAUUCCUCACAUUACGGAAAAACAGCAAAGAGGGUCAAGGGCUUCCGUGGCGAGAGCCCUUUUCCCUCUCAUUUGGCUGGGGGGUCCCUGAUGGAGAUAAAUUCGCAUUCAAAAAGGCGUCUCAGCAUCCGAUUAAAUCUCAGAGCUGUGUCUUGGGUCCCAACUGAAGAUGGACCGUUUCUCAGGAUUCCUACAUGAAUUAGGUGUGUCACUGCUCCCAAUGGCAGUUAAGUCCCCGUAGGGUCACCCUUUGAUUAGGUUUAAGACCAGAUGCCCAAACUGGCUCAAGAGUGAUCGGAGAGGUGAGGUGUGACUAGAACUGAAAUUUGGUCCAUUUGGCACGGGUGUGUAUGUGUGUGUGUGUGUGUCUGUGUCUGUCUGGCUUCUGGGUGAUUGCUGUUUCCUUUCCUGACUUUGGGUUAAGCUCCUGUACACUUGAACUCCAGUGUUUCAUGGUGGACACUUUUUUUAAAAAAAGAAAAAACUGUCAUAGGACACUCCAGGCGCCCUGCCGAUAGACUAGCCAUGUUCCCGACGGGCUUAAGGGAAGCCACGUCCGUUUUCAGUCUACCUCCCUGAUUGUGCUCAGCCAAUCAAAGUAUCACCACUGCAGAUGGAAUAACAUCAGUGAUAAGCGUCGGGGAAAAUCCUUUGGACAUCUUGUGUUGGGUUUAUUCAUCCGAGGCACAAACGGGCUCACUUCGUCACCCCUUCCAGGGUAGCUGGGUCGAGCUGGGGUCUGAGGGGGUAGUAGGACCCUUUCUUCUUGGGGAUUAUAAAGAACCGGGCUGUCUGUUGAUUUUUCCCAGGAAAUGUUCCCUUUGUGUUUGUUCUAGAAUUCCAACUGUUAACUUUCUGGAGGUGUUUGACAGAGAAGCCGAGGCAGGUGUCGCUGACCUGGACAUCUGUGCUCAAAUAAACGGCCAACUGUCACGGUGCUAAAGUUUGAUCCCCUCUGGCUCUGAGGCUUGAACUCAUGAACUGGUGUACAUAUCUUUCCUCCUUAGCCUUCUCCUGCCCUUUUAAAACAGAUGUGAUGAAAAGGGUAUGGUUCUUAGUCAAGGGCACGAAAGGCAUGCAUUUCAGGUUCUCGGGCCGUUGUGUUUCUAGGCCGUGCAAAAGUGGGACUAGUAAAUCCCAACGGCUUUGCCCAGACAACACACACGAUUCUGAGCCGGUAGCUCCGUACUGGUUUUUUGAUGACACCCGGGGGGACCGGACAAGUUGGGAGCGGUGGAAAAGCACUACACUUUCAGUAAAUUUGUUCAUAUUGUAGUAUAUAGUGGCCUGAGAAGUUGAUUUGUGCUGUUGAACUAAUGGAAACUUAAGUGGUUAAGAUGAUCACUGGUUAUUUCAAAUAAAUGAUAAAAGUUGAA